UCGGCGUGGGUUUCGUGCGGCAGUACUACGAUAUCUUCUCGAAGAACCGCGAGCAGCUGGCCGGCGUGUACCGCCCCAACUCGCUGAUGACGUGGGUCGGGGAGCAGCUGCAGGGCAACGCGAGCAUCAUGGCCCGCCUCUCCAGCCUUGGCUUUAACGAGGCCCUCUUCAAGCCGGAGGACAUCGACUGCCACCCCUCCCUCAGCAACGGCGUGCUGGUGGUGGUGAACGGCGAGGUGCUGCUGAAGGACGAGCGCCACCCGCUGAAGUUCAACGACGUGUUCCACCUCGCGCAGGACGGCGGCCAGUGGUACGUCUCGAACCAAAUCUUCCGCAUAGUCGGUGGGGGCGGACAUUAA